AUGGCAACUCCUGUGCGGCGGGCGCGGAGAUCUCGCGAGGGGAGGAGCGGCCUCGCGUUGGGCGCUCAUCCCGGGUUCUUGGGGGAAAGUUUUCGAGAAAGAAAGGUGCACUCCAGGAUCGGCGGAGGGGAUCCCAAGCAAGGUCGGAAGGUCCAAAUUCCCACCGGUUUUAGGACCAGCCCGGCUCUCAGCUCCAAGACUGGCUCCACAAGCCCUUGGGAUCUUUGGUCUGUCAACCCAGGCCCUGGAGAAAGCAGGGGGCAGAGCUGCCCCGCCAGCUGUAAACUGCGGACAGGGCAGCACUGCACUGCGCAGGUCUGGGCAGGGGGACGACAGGGGCGGUGCGGCGAGAGGGAGGCGCCUCCUGGGGGGCUAGGCUGGUUCCCCGAGGGGACUGAGCUGUUCACCGCUGCCUACCCCGUGUCACCCACUCUGAUGGCAAUGUCAGCCCAAAGGCCUCUACCCGUGAGACAUACAGAGAAGCUCUUGGAGCUCAGGCAGGACCCUCUUGGGGUUGGACAUCACUCAAGGGCACCCAGGGAAGAUAAGGUUCACAGGACAGUGCAGAGGGUGACUGGGAUGAAAGGCACGGCAAAUGCCGCUGCUGCCAACAUUUAAACUACCCCGACAUUUUAAUAAAAAGAAUGGCUUGAAAUGAAGGACUUAAGUUCAUAUUUUGGUGACAUCUCCAUUAAACUGAGAUUAACGAUGCCCUUCCACAGCUCAGUGUGGUUUUCCCAAAGCGCCCACACUUAGGACCCUGCACAGGGCUUCGAUGGCAUAGACUAGUUAUGCUCACGUUACAGACGUGGUCACCCAAACAGAAAACUAUUUAGCCGCAGACUGAACAAAUGCAGAAAACUGGAGUGUGGACCUUUAACACAAGGAACGGGGAAAAGUGGAGAUUUCGACAGCAAUGAGCCGAGUGUGAAGGGACGGCAGCAAGCCGGCAGGGGCGCACUGCAGGCUGGUGGGAGCUCUGCCCCAUGGCCCUCUGCACACAGCCCUGCACCUGAUCAGAAUCCUGGCUACAGAACGGAGAAUCAGGGGCAUCUGAGAGGAUUUCCCAAGUAAGAGGGAAGGCAUGGAGACCAGAGCUAUGAGGCACGAUUAGAAUAUACAGUCAAUGUUUAAAUAGUUAUUAUACUAAAAGCCCAUUAUAUGGACCCCCUCAAAAUACCCUCCCUCAGAACACACUCAUCCCAUUGUUCUUGCUACUUUCUGAAGCAGCUCUGGAAGUCCUUUCCUGAGUGGCUUUUCCUGGCUGCCUCUCCAUUCUCAACUGAUAAAAAAUGUGUAUAGCAAUUUCUGCCCAAUAAAAAUAAUACAGUGAGUCCUCAUCCACCUUAUACACUGGAUCUGGCACAAGACUUCUGGGUCUCUCCUGAAAUCAAAAUGACCAAGGUAGGUAAAUGUUUUGAAUCAGGGAGCCAAGCCACAAUAGCACAAUUGAAGACACG